AUGGACCCUACAGCGCUUGUUCGAGAGUCCACAGCGCGCGUGGCGCAGUGUGCGACCCACGUGAGCAUCGACUCGUCCGCCGUGGAGCGACUGGCUGUCAAGUUGGGCAAUAGGUUGAGUGGAGACCAACAAGGCGCGGUGACAUGGGACAGUGGGGACUUCCACUACUUUGAAGACGUGGAGCAGGACGGUCCGCUGACCUGUCAAUACGUGUUCGUGCUGGACGCACUCAAUUUCUGCUUCUGGCCCACGGAAAACAUGGAGUACGAGCAUCUAGCACGAGGUCUCAAGACGGCGCUGGCGCGGGACCGGCAUGCUCUUGACGCCGCCAACUUGGCGACCGUGACCAAUGAGACCGUGGCUUCGUGGUUUCACCCGUUCACACCCCCGCAGCAAGACGAGCGCCGACGUAAAGUUCGUGAAGUGGGGGAAGUACUGCAAUACUUCUUCGACGGACUUGCCCUCAAUAUGAUCAAGCAAGCCAACUUUUCGGCGGUCGAGGCUAUCCGGCUCGUGCUUGCGAAUAUUCCAGCUAACCACUGCGAUAUAGGCUUCCGGGACCAUGCUGUUUACAAGGGCGAGCAGGUGCAUUUCUACAAGCGCGCGCAGAUUUUGGUCGGCGACGUGUGGGCGGCCUAUGGGCGUCGUACUUCUGGUGUUGCCUCGUUCCAUGAUAUCGGCAAGCUGACCAUGUUCGCUGACUAUCGUGUCCCACAAGUACUUCGCCCUGAAGGCGUGAUGGUUUACUCAUCGGAGCUCUCGAAACUGGUGGACAGUAAAACUGAGAUUCCAGCUGGAAGUGAGAUGGAGAUCGAAAUUCGCGCCGCAACUAUUCAAGCGGUGGAGAUGCUCCACGAGCAAAUGACAAGCCGAGGACACCAGCUCCAAGUAAUCGAACUCGACUGGCUGUUGUGGCAAAUUGGUGAGGACAACAAGCAGCAAUUGCUGCCACAUCACCGUACGUGGAGCAUCUACUACUAA